AGCGGGCAGAGGGGAUGCAGGGAGGGGUUUAGAGGGGUCCUAGCGCUGCCCGGCCACGGGGACACGCUUGUCCCCGCCGGGGCCCUCCUCCCUUCCCCCUUCUGGCCUUAGGUGAAGCCGCUGAGCCGAGCCCACGCCCCCAGCCCUGCUCCAGCGCUUGGCAACGCCUGGGGUGGAUGUGCUGCGUGCGGCCCGUUUGGCCGGAGGCAGAGCGGUGCCAGGCGGCGAGGAGGAGAGUUAGUCAGCAGCGCGCACAGGAGGGCGGGCAGGAGGCAGAGCCAUGGAAAACAGCCCUCUGCGGCAGCAGCCAGAGGGAGAGGAGGGGGCCGUGGCGGGGGGGAGGCAGAAGUGAGGCGGGCGAGCGGAGGGCAGAGGCGGUGCCGUGUCUGGGGGGGGGGGUGUCGUGGCACUACUGGGGCGGGGGUCAGGUAUCCGCUCCCCUCAGCCGCCGCCCCACACUUCCCCGCCCUCGGCCAGGGAGAUGACCCUGUGACAUCCCGCUCGGACCCGGGAGGGCACGGGGCACGGCGGGCGAGCAGCGGCUGUGGCCGGGCGCGGAGGGGGAGAUGAGUGUGGCAUGCGGCCCCUCCCGGCGCUAGCCAGGUGCCGGUGCAGGGCUAGCCCGCCCCGCAGGGGGCGUUGAUUGGAGGGAGGGGGUGUCUGUGUGACAGGCGGAGCGGGCUGCGCAAGUCCUGUCAGACGCGGGCAGGUGGGGGGCACUGACAGGGAGCUGGUAGGGCCGACCGCGGCUGUGCGGUCUGGUACAUUUCCCCUCCGCCCCCCAUCCCGGUAUGCCAGGAGAGGGGCCAGGCGGAGCGGGGUCACUCAUGAGCGGAGGGGGUGAGAGACGAGUCUGAAAUCCAGGUCAGCCCUGGCUGUGUGAGGGGGCAGUGACUGUGCUAGGGGGCGCGGGGAUGGGGCUGCCCCCUCUUUCUGCCCCUUCUGCGAUCGAUGGUUUGAGGGGCUGCUGCUCGCCAGGAGCAUUUGUGUAGAGGAGGGGAGGGCAGUUGGAGGGGUCUGGCUUCUUCCCCCUCCUGGAGCAGGUAAAAAGGAGUGGACUCCAGGCAGCCUGUGCUGACAUUGGCUGUGGCCGCAGUGACUCAGAGGCUCUUUCUGCUGCGGGGGUGAGUUUAGGUGGCAGUGGUGUGGGAUUUUACCCCGGCAGGUUAUAAAUAGACCUGCUCAGUCGCUGCUGUGUCAAGGAAGGACACAUUGGCAAGUUCCAGAGAGAGAGAGACUGGGCUGUGUUUAGCUUUUCCCCGCAGACAGCUGCUGCCACCACAAUGAAUGCAAGGAGGAGGCCUAGCUGCUAUUAGCAGGAUCUUGUAAGCUCUAAGGAGUGGAGUGCUGGGUUUUAUCUUAUUUUAUUGUUUUACACAAAAAUAAAUACAAGUAGCCAGAGAGAGCAUCAGAGAGUCUUCCAAAGAAGAAGAACAAAAAACCUUAGUCUUCUCAUUUCAGAGAUCUGGGAAGAAACAGACUGGGAGUGAAAAUGAAGCCUGAACGAGAUACUUUAGAUGAAUACUUUGAAUAUGAAGCUGAGGAAUUCCUGGUUUCCUUGGCCUUGUUGAUUACUGAAGGUCGAACACCAGAAUUUUCUGUAAAGGGUAGAACAGAGGGUUUCCAUUGCCCUCCAGCACAGUCAAGUCAACCACUAACAUCUAAGCAUGAAUGCACCGACAAAUUGGCCCAGUGUCGUCAAGCCAGACGAACCAGGUCUGAGGUUAUGCUACUGUGGAAAAAUAAUAUUCCUAUCAUGAUAGAAGUGAUGCUACUUCCAGACUGUUGCUAUAGUGAUGAAGGGCCCACCACAGAAGGGAGUGAUUUAAAUGAUCCUGCAAUCAAACAAGAUGCAUUGCUGUUAGAAAGGUGGAUUUUGGAGCCAGUUCCCCGACAAAGUGGAGAUCGCUUUAUUGAAGAGAAGACGCUCUUAUUGGCUGUCCGAUCUUUUGUUUUCUUUUCUCAGUUGAGCGCUUGGCUGAGUGUUUCACAUGGUGCUGUUCCUCGUAAUAUUCUGUACAGAGUAAGUGCUGCAGAUGUGGACCUGCAAUGGACUUUCUCACAGACACCAACUGAACAUGUGUUUCCUGUUCCUAAUGUUUCUCACACUGUGGCCUUGAAAGUCAGUGUCCAGUCCUUGCCUAGACAAUCUAACUAUCCAGUUUUGACCUGUAGUAUUCACACCAGCCUGGGCUUUUAUGAAAAGGGAAUACAAGAACAUAAUGUACAUCAGCACUGUGAUUCCAUUGACGGAGAGCAGCGCAGCAUGUCCAGUUCACAGCGUUCAUGUGGAAAACAAACAUGGACAUUGAUUCCUGAAGGCUUGCUUAAUGCAAAAAUAUCCCCUGAAUUUACUACAUCAGUGAGAAAUGUAAAACUUUAUCCAGCAACUGGUUUUGGGUCUGCCUAUGGGACAUCACAGUCUAAAGUUCAGUGCUAUAAUGCAAUGGGGGACAAUAAGAAACAGCCACAUGAAACAUCAGUCAGAACUUUUAAAUCCUUUUCUUUGGUUGAUCCCCAAGUUCCAAAUAGUCAGUGUUCCCGUCAGCCCAUAGGAGAGACUAAUCCUUUGAUAGGUUCUUUACUUCUGGAGCGACAGGAAGUUAUAGCAAGAAUUGCUCAGCACUUGAUUCACUGUGAUCCAUCUACUUCACGUGUUACUGGAUGUCCAUUCAACAUGCAUGAAACCAGUUCAAAAGUUUUUUGGAAUACUUAUGAAGAUGAAAGCUUGCUGAAAAAAGGCAAGGAAACAUCCUCUGUUUCUACUGCUAACAUAGAUAUUAUGUUAUCAGAAGACUGCAGUGAAGACAAGACAAGAGUAAUAUCAGAGAACCCAUUGGUUGAUUCCCAUGUUCUUAUGAACCACUGUUCUCGUCAGUCCAUAGGAGAGACUAAUCCUUUAAUAGGUUCUUUACUUCUGGAGCGACAGGAAGUUAUAGCAAGGAUUGCCCAACAUUUGAUUCACUGUGAUCCAGCUACUUCAGACAUUACUGGGCAUCCAUUCAAUAUACAUGAAAGCAGUUCAAUCACUUCAAAAGUUUUUCAAAGUUCAUAUGAAGAUGAAAACUUGUUGAAGAAAGGCAAGGAAACAUCCUCUGUUUCUUUCUCUAAGUCUGCCGUUACCAUAAAAGACAGCAGUAAAGUAAAGACUAGAACACCUGAUACCCCUCUUACAUCUUAUAGACUUGAUGGUGAAUUGAAGGCUUCUCCAAAACCCCAAGCAAGAAGAAAACUGAUUCUAGCAAAACCCAGUGAGGUUGUCCAAAACACAUUUCAGCAGACUCCAAAUAAAACUACCAAUUCGUUUACUAGCAUAAAUAUAUCAUAUAGCAAAGAAAAUAAAUCUGAACUGCCAGAUAAACUGGACGCAGUUUCUGGUUGUCCACAUAAAGACCAAAUGACCAACAAAGGCAUUGGUAAACAAUGUUCAAAUUUCAACACAACUGAUGAACAGAUUUGCAAAAAUAAACUUAAAGAAAGAACAAUCAUGAGUGAGAAUAGCAAUGGAGGCUCUUUAAUCAAUCCACAGUUAGAUAAAUCCAAAAUACUUGAAGGUACAAAAAAAGCGACACUAAUGCAGGCAUCUGAUAUUUUGCACAAAAAUGAGCUUAAGUGUUUAGAUAAAGAUCCCAAAAAACCAAAUAUAUGUGAGCAAAAUACCCAACUUGUUAGUAUUGAAAAUUAUUUAAAUAAAGACCAUGACAGUUUCAAAUGCAAAAAUAAGCAAGAUAAACUGAAAACUGCACAUGAUGAGAAUGAAGACCCAACGGACUAUGAAUUUCAAAGCAAUUCUCAGAAGAAAUCUGUAGAAGACUAUUUGGAUAGGUGUCAACGACUGAAGAAUGCAGAUGUGCUGAGAAUACCACCACUCAAGCAUUCAAGUAUAUGGCGGAAACACAAUUUUCACUCUUUGGACGGGACUGUAACCAAGGCUUUCCAUCCUCGAACUGGAUUGCCUCUACUUUCAAGUCCUGUUCCUCAGAGAAAAACACAAUCUGGGUGCUUUGAUCUGGACUCAUCUUUGCUGCGAUUGAAAUGUUUGUCUACAAGAAGGUAUUCAUCCUUUUCUACUCACAAGAAAGUGUGGGAGUAUAUUCAGUGGAAUAAUUACAUAUAUAAACUUCCACAACAAUAUAUAAACACAGACAAUGACCCAGAAGGCCACGGGAAACCAUUUCUGAGUUCCAGUGCUCCACCCAUAACAAGUCUUAGCCUUCUAGGAAACUUUGAGGAGUCUGUCUUGAACUAUCGUUUAGAUCCCCUAGGCAUUGUUGAUGGCUUCACUGCUGAGGUGGGAGCAAGUGGAGUCUUUUGCCCUACGCACAUGACUCUUCCAGUCGAAGUGUCAUUCUACAGUGUUUCAGAUGAUAAUGCACCCUCUCCCUAUAUGGGUGUGAUUACUUUAGAAACCCUUGGUAAAAGGGGUUAUCGGGUACCUCCUUCAGGAACCAUACAAGUGACCUUAUUUAACCCUAAUAAGACUGUGGUGAAAAUGUUUGUGGUGAUCUAUGACUUACGAGAGAUGCCAGCCAAUCAUCAAACAUUCCUACGGCAAAGGACUUUUUCUGUUCCUGUGAGACGAGAAGUAAAGAGAAGCAUCAAUAAAGAAAACAUUCGGCAGACUGAAGAAAGACUACUACGCUACCUCAUACAUCUGAGGUUCCAGAGUUCCAAAUCUGGAAAGAUCUACCUCCACAGAGAUGUAAGACUCCUGUUCUCCCGGAAAUCAAUGGAAGUUGAUAGUGGUGCUGCGUAUGAACUCAAAUCUUACACUGAAUCUCCAACAAACCCUCAGUUUUCACCAAGAUGUUAGCAAGCAGUGAAAAUCAGAGUAUUAACUGAAUUACCAGAUUACUGUUUACAAGCAAAACUUUGACAUGGAAUACAGUGUAAAAUUAAAUAUGUAAAGAAAUGAAAAUAGUGCUCAAGUGAGAGUCAAUACUCUUCUGUGAUCCUGGACCAGUUUUUGUAAAAGGUUUCUGGAAUGAGCUUCGUGUAUUCCAAGUAGACUGGAAACAAAUACUUAAAUCUAAUCUUUUUGUACUGUUUAAAACCACUUCAUUGGAUGUGUUGCAAUAGCAAAUUCCCAAGUUAGUUUAGUGUUUACACCUUUUAUUUUAUUUUUCAGUUAUUUAAUAUUUAAUGUUUCAUUUAAUACUCAAGUGAUGUUUGUCUUUAGUGUUCUAAUGUAGCACAAAUCCUAUGUAAAAUCAUAUGUAUUUUUUGCAUUAAUAAUAUUGAAAUCUGAAAUAUAUACAGAAGUCUUUAA